AUGCUUCUACUCGCACGAGGAUUAACGAGACCAUCCACUGUGGGAGUUACGAACGGUCUGGAAGCGGUUCUGAUUGAAAAUCAGCUCCACAUUGAAACGGAAGAAUUCUUCGAGGGCGUACAGCGCACCAUGUUGGUCAUCGUUAUGGAGCAUUUGGUCAGCGUCCUCCAAGGAGUCCUAGGCAGACUGACCAGAUUUGACGAGAACAGAAUUCUUUCCUCUUUCCUAUCCCUAACGAAGUCCAACGAUGAGGGCCGACGGUACACAACAUUUUUGCACUCCAACCUACAGCAGUUGAGCGAAAACAUGGUGGAUGAAGUCUCCUUGAUAUCCCUGUGCGAA